CCACAAACAAACAAACACAAGCUGACAAUAUAUCACGUCUCUUGUCCCAGGCUCAACCCGAAUUCCGGCCCCCCCCACGCCGACAUCUCGAGUGCCUCAUCUAUACUCGACACGCAGAAGAUAUACCGAUACUCCCUGCCCAGUUCCGCAGCAUCUCACACCCGACCUCAUCCUCCUCUACCAUGGCCGAACCAGCCAACCAAGCCGCCGAACCGGCCCUGGUGCAGGAGACUAGGCUACAGGAAAAUAGCUACGAUGUCGAGGUCCAGCUCAGCGAUCUCCAGAAGGAUACGGAGAAUCCCCUAGGCUCUGCUCACACCUUUGAGGAGUUGGGAUUACCCGGCGAUGUUUUGAAGGGCUUGCUGGCUAUGAAUUUCCAAAAGCCGUCCAAGGUCCAGGAGAAAGCAUUGCCUCUGAUGCUGUCCGAUCCUCCAGCCAAUAUGAUAGCGCAGUCGCAGUCGGGAACCGGCAAGACGGCCGCCUUCGUCACCACUGUCCUAUCUCGCGUCGACCACAGCUCGAAUCAACCUCAGGCAUUGCUUCUCGCUCCCAGCCGCGAGUUGGCACGCCAGAUCGAGAACGUUAUUACGCAUAUCGGGCAGUUCAUCUCGAACUUGGGCGUGGCGGCUGCUAUUCCCGGCUCUAUUCCUCGCGACGGACGUGUCGACAAGUCUAUCGUCGUGGGCACGCCCGGAACCGUCAUGGAUCUUAUCCGAAGACGUCAGUUUGAUGCGUCCCAGUUGCGAGUCCUCGUUAUCGACGAGGCCGACAACAUGUUGGAUCAGCAGGGCAUGGGCGAUCAGUGCGCCAGGGUAAAGAACAUGCUGCCUAAGAACAUCCAGAUCCUCCUGUUCUCGGCCACCUUCCCCGACAAGGUCAUGAAAUACGCCACUACAUUUGCGCCCAAUGCCAACAUGAUCAAGCUGAAAGUACAGGAGCUCACAGUAAAGGGCAUCUCACAAAUGUACAUGGACUGUCCUUCGGAGGCAGACAAGUAUGAAAUCCUCUGCAAGCUUUAUGGCCUGAUGAACAUUGGAUCGUCCAUCAUCUUCGUUAAGACCCGAGAGAGUGCGUCGCAGAUUCAGAAGAGGAUGAUGAAGGACGGCCACAGAGUAUCAGUGCUGCACGGCGCUUACGAGGGCAGCGAACGCGACAGCUUAUUGGAGGAGUUCCGAACCGGGAAAUCCAAGGUGCUGAUCACUACCAACGUGCUUGCUCGCGGAAUCGACGUGUCCACGGUAUCCAUGGUCAUCAACUACGACAUCCCCAUGAAGGGUAUGGGUGAUGCGGUACACGACACCGAAACCUACCUACACCGUAUCGGACGCACGGGCCGGUUCGGCCGAGUUGGCGUCAGCAUCACCUUCAUAUCCGACAAGAAGAGUUUCGACGCGCUCCGAAAUAUCGCGGCAGACCUCGAGAUCGACCUGGUGGCGCUGAAGCCGGACGACUGGGACGAGACGGAGGAGAAGGUGCAGCGGGUGAUCAAGUCGAGCCGAGCUCAAGCCGAGUUCGUUCCCAGCGCGGGGGUCUAAGCGAUGGUGGCGAUGACGAUGGUGAUGACUCCAUUGGCAUA